UGGCCCGAAUAUUUUGUUUACAGUUUUUUAUGUGCCCGAUCGCCCUCAUGUGUGUUCAUAUAUGGCUUCAGCACUUUUAUACCUCGGCUUUCUGUUUGCGAUAACAUUAACAUGUAUCCGUGCUAAGGAAACUGAAGUAUAUGACACCAAGAUCAAUUCAGGGCUAUCACUUAUUCCAGAUGAUCACAUUAUUUCUGUGCUUGACAGUACAAAACCAGUUUUAAUUAACUGCUCUGUGUCUGUGAAUAAUCCUAAGCUUCUACCUCUUCGCUACCAUUGGUACCUCAAUGGCAGUGAGAUUGCCUCAACUCGUAAAAAACCCCGAAAAGGAAAUAAUCGGAAACUGCCACAGAAAGGCUCCAAGAAGUUCAAGCUUCAUAACAAUGGUUCCCUGGAGUUAAAACCAAGGCAGCGAGCUAAAAGUCGAAACACCAACAGGAGGUCUGAGUAUGAUGGAGUAUAUGAAUGUUUUGUAAACACUUCUUCUGGUGAUGUGCUCUUGGCAAGGAGGGUUAAAGUGGUCACACCCGUUAUUGCUGAAAAUUUCACAAAAGAACCAAGCACUGUUGAAGCCUAUGAGGGGGGUGUUGUUCGAUUUGAAUGCAACAUAUGGUCUGAUCCUGCAGCUUUCUACAUUUGGCACAAAAAUGACAAGGAGGUGACUUCCACUGGCAGGUUUACAGUGUUUCCCUCUGGAGCCCUACAGAUAACUGAUGUUGAGCUCAGUGACAGAGAUGUAUACUGGUGCCAGGCUGCCCCUUAUGUUUAUACUGUCAAUGGAAUGAUUGCUAAUUUUGAAUGGAAGAAAAGCAAAAAAGCUGAGCUAAAAGUCAAAUCAGCAGAUUCCACCUUCAGACCAUUGACACUGCUGGCAUCACCUCAGAAUGUAAGCGUAAUUGUAGAAAAAACAGCUUACUUUGAAUGUCUUGCUGACGGAAAUCAAAAACCAGUAGUUGAAUGGAAGAAGCGACUUAAAGAUGGGUCAACUGUUGUGAUGUCCAGUGAGUACAGAUAUGGCCAGAGUAACCUGAGGAUAACUAAGGUCAAGCCUGAACAUGCAGGGAUUUACGAGUGUAAAAUAUCUGACGGUGCACAUUCUAUCAUCAAAACUGCAUCUCUGGAAGUUUUAGUGCCACCAAAACUUGAGGAAGGUCUCAGCUCUUACAAAUGGCCAGUUGCUAAAACCUCAACCAUGCAGUGUAAAGUCUCUGGCAUACCAGCUCCCAACAUUACUUGGUACUUUAAUGGCACGCCCAUUGAGAACCGCAGUGAUCUGUUUCCUAAGGAUAAUGCGGACAAGAGCACACUGAGACUGUACACUUUAAGGAAGGAGCACUCUGGCUACUACGUCUGUGUUGCUGAUAAUGGAGUUGGUCAGGUCAUGACUCUGGCUUACAUUCUCAUACAGAAAAAUGAUAAUGCAGCAGAAACAGCUCGUAAUGUCAGCGCCACUGCUUUAAAUAGUACAGCUAUAAGAAUAUGUUGGCAGCAAGACGCCACUUAUAAUGUGCCACCAGUUAUACAUCAUCAAGAAAGAGAUAACCCCAACCCACCAACCCAGACACUGUGUUUCACUGCUAAUGAGAAGUCCCCCCAUUGUGACAUUGGAUCCUUGACACCUAACACCAACUACUGGUUUACUGUGCACUUGUUCAAAGAAUCAGGAGCUGGGGAGAUGUCUGAGAGAGUCACUGCCUGGACACUAGAAGAAAAGCCACUGACGGUUCCUUCCUUGACUGUGGCCAGCUCUCGUUCUCAUGACAUUUUAGUCAGCUGGACCCCUCUGACCCCUGCCCAGUGCCGGGGUAACCUUACGCGUUAUCAAGUCUAUUACCAGGUAGUAGGAAGUCAAGAUGAAAGAAGUAAAGUGGUCCCUGCUGACAAAACAUCAUUUCUCAUUGAUAACCUCCUGCCUGACACAGAGUACAACCUGGUGGUUGUUGCUUGUAACAACGCGGGAUGUCCCACGCGAGAAAAGUGGAGGUGGUUAUCAUCUUUUACAGCACCUGCUGAUUCUGUAGGUGCUGGUCUGCUCAACAUCAUGUACAUCAACAACUCAGCUGUACUCUUGGACUGGCAGAGCCUUGCCCUACACAACACACCUGAGGUGGGCUAUGAUCUAGAGCUGUCUGACACUGAGACCAAGAUGAACAUCAGCCUACCUGCCUCAGCACAGUCACAUGUCAUUACAGACCUUGAUUACAGAAGGAUGUACAACAUAACCCUCAUCUCCAAGUAUGAGACUGGUUCUCCUAGUGCUGUCUCACAGAACUUCAGACUUGAAGACCUGGCCAGCCGCAUGCCACCAGCUAACUUCCACUCCACCUACAUCUCCUCCAACAGCAUAUCUUUUGAAUGGCAGCCCGUGCCAGGGACUGGGGUCCAGUAUGAGAUCUGCUACAAGCCAGAACUGGACAAGUUGACUUUCAUAUGCCAGUCCAGCCAAGAGACAACAGCAACAAUAUCAGAUCUCAAACCACUGAAGCGCUAUGAGUUCAAAGUGUGUGCCUUCACUCCGGAGACCAAAGGGAGAUACAGUGAUCUUCUUAUUGUUCAAACUAUUGAAGCCAGACCAUCAGCCCCACAAAACCUGACUUCAAAAGUACAAGGUACUUCUGUCUUUUUGCACUGGCUGCCCCCUGUACAGCCCAAUGGGGAUAUCAUGAGCUACAAAAUCUCCUAUUGCAAGAACAGUGACUGUUUGUCUGAUAGCUUGUGGAAAGAGUUCUCACUAAAUGAUUUAACAACCCAGGUGAAUGACCUAGAUUAUGGGCAGUACUGGUUUAAAGUGUGUGCUGUUAACAAUGAUGGGCCAGGGGCUGCAACCGUGGCCUUGAAGGUGGAGAUCAAGUGUGAUCACUGUGCAACUGAAGAACCAGUUACCAAAAACCCUUCAACUAGCAAGAUUGGCAUCAUUGUAGGGGUUGGACUAGGAGCUGCUAUCCUCAUCAUUUUGAUUCUCCUGGCUAUAAUGUUGCGCAGAAGCUACCUCUCUAGGGCACAGGAUCAAAGCACCAACCAUUCUCCUAUCUACAGGGGAGGUAAUGGACACAUCCCAUCUCCUGCCAAUCAGAUUGGGCAGCACAAACCUGGCAAUGGUCACACACACAUCAUUGGAAAAACUCCAGAUGACCAUGAAGUAAUAACUCUCCUGGAAUCCACACCAAUGCUGCACAAGAUUCCUGAAAAUGACCACUGUGACUCAAAAGGUGGACCAGACUUAAUAAUACCAAACGGCUUUCGAUCUAAUGGUAUUGUCAAACUAAAUCACAAACUUCCCACGCAGGUUUCUUAUUCUUCUGGAGAUUUAAAUACUAGCAAUAACUCUGAGGAACUCCAAGGACUAAUGGCAGCUACAUUAGCCUCUACUGAUGGCAGUGACACACUAGUCAGUAGUGUUGAGAUGAUACCCAUGUCCUCAAUGGAUGACAUUGACCAAGGAGAUGAUGACCGCAGUAGUGAAGACAGUGGCACAGGUUGCAGGCGUGCAGGCAUGCACUGCAAUGAGCUAGACCCACACUGCAGCAGUCCUGCCGGCUCACCUGUGGAGCAGCACAAGUGCUGGGAGCAUGGAAGACAGGUGGAUGAAAUAGGGGGGGUGUUCACCGACAGGUCAACCGGCGCUGUCAUUGGUGAGGUGUCCCGCAGCAAUAAGGACAGUGACCAGCAGGGGGACGCGGCUGGAGAGGGCUACGAGGAUUGCUUGGCUACAGAUAGAGACUCUGGUCACGGCAGUGAAGUUAAAUCCCACGGUGGACUGGCUAGUACCUCCCUCGGUUUAAACUUUGAAGUGCAUGCAUCCUCUUUAGGCAGUGAAGAGCAGUUGUUGGGCGUGAACUCAACAGACUUGCUGCCACAGUCGUCUUCACCUUCACCCUCAUCAAGCGAGUCACCAACAGCAUCACCUCAGCAGCAGCAGCCCAGCAGCAUGAGUCUAUCCAAUGACAACCAACAUAAUCAUCCUCAGCACACAGCUAGCCAGCACAUCUCUCAUUCAGAUCUACCUCCACCCCCUCCUCCCCCCCUACCUACCCUGCCACUUCCUCAGGGUUCUUCGGCAGCAAUCACAGCAACAUCUACAGCAGCAUCAGCCACCGCAGAGCUCAAUAGCAGCGGCAGCAACAGUCAAGGGGGACAGGGAUCUAAUGGCAGCAUGUUCUCCAGGCAGUCGGAGGGUGAGACAAUCGUAGCAUUUUCUCCCGGGCUCCCUCCCUCUCAGCACCCUUACAUUGCGUGAUGCGUGCAGCAGAUGGCUGAAACAUGUACAGACACAACCAGAAUUACCUCAUUGGCUGCUCAGGAAUGGUGCAGCUUGAUUCAAAGUAGACAGGAGUUAUACCUCAAAACAUUGACUUCUUCCUCAUGUUGUUAUAGUCAAGAGGGAGAAAUUUAUUAUACUAGAAUUAAGUUAAUUUUUUAUUUUGUAAACAUUGAUACUGUUGAUUUUUAAAUAUUUUUAAAAAAAUCUUUCUUUUUUUUUUUUAAACAAAAAUCUCAACCUUGGAAUAGAAGAUCUUAUAAACACUGAACCUCAUCAUUUAAGCACAAAUGAUUUUAUUCCUAUGUUGUACUUGUUGGUAUAGGACAGUACUGAGGAUCUCUUCUUCUCACUGUUUACUGGAUCUAUCCCUAAUAAUCUCUUAUUUACACAAAUAUACUUGUACAUAUUAGCAUUGAAACAUGGACUGGAUUUUCUAAGGUAGAAAAAACAUCAAAAGAUCUAACUAAAUUUGAUUGUAUACUACAAAUUUUCUUUAAUUUUUUUCUCAAUACUUUAAAGAAUAUUCUUGUCUUUUCUGGUGUCAAGAAUGAUUGAAUGUACUGAAUUCCAUUUCUUCCUUCUACUUGUUGUUCCAUCUAGCCAGGAGAAUCUGUGUGCUACAUGCGUCACACAGUGUUUCAAUGCUAAUGCAAAGUCUGGGGGCUGCCUUGUGCUAAAGUGGAUACACUAACACUACUUGUAUAUUAACAUUUCUGUUGUAACUUGUAGAACAUUUUAGAACUGCCAACAACUCUUGGUAUCAAUGUAAAAGCAGCUAUCUUUGUAGUUUUAAAAAAAAAAGAAAAUGUUGAAUUGAUGCGGGUACUUUCCUUUUGUUCAGUGAAUACUUAAAUUGCAUUUGUAUAUAUAUUACAUAAAUAUAUCUUUUAAACCCUUGCGUGUUUGCUUUCUAUCUGUGUCUAUUCUGUUCAGAGACAGCUAUUAGUGAAUAUUUGUAUUUGUAAAUUCUACUGCAUGAACCACAUACAUUUUAAGUGUUUUAUUUUUGUCUUAUUCCUAAUUGAAGCCCCGUGAUUUUGUAAUCUAGAUCUCUUGUUAUAUUUUUACCUCGGCUUAUAAAAAUAGUUUGAAGCAGACCUCCAUAGAAUUCUGGCACUUUUUUCAGUUAAAAAAAACCCUUUAAUCCAAAAAUUGACAGACCAAAAUGGUAUUAAUGAAAAGUGUAAUUUUAACUUUUUGUAGGUCAAAUCAUUUUGCUUUUGUUUUUUUUUUGUAAAUCAACUUUAAAGUUUCUUCUACUGUCAGAGAGUUGUAUGAAUAUUUCUUGAAAUAAUCAGAAAAAAUAAUUGAAAAAAUAAAAAAGUUAAAGUGAAUGAUCUUAUUAACAUCUAGAUUUAAAAAUUGUGCUAUUUUGUCUUGGCUAAUGUAUUGGUGGCUCUCUUCACAUGUGAUACUUUUGGUUUCUUAAGAUCCCUAGUGGUUUAUUAUUUUAAAAUUAUUUUUCUUCUUUUGACAAUGCAUACUUACUGUAAAUAUUUCUGUAACUUUUUAGCUGUACAGGCAGUUAAAAGCAAAAUAUGUAAAUAGUAUAUUAAAAAAAAUCUUUUAUUUGUGAAUUAUAAAAUUAAAAAGCAACUAAAAUGUUACAUUUUAUUUAAACAUGCAUUUGAGUGGUAAAAUUUUAAUGUUUUAAUUGUGAAAGAUAUUUGUGUAAAUACAAUCUCUUUAAAGAAGUGUCUAAACCUUAUUUUGAAAGCAUAUUCAUUUCUCAAAUGACUGUAAAUUACAAUUCAAAUUAUUUCAAAACAGUUGCUUUUUAACAAGUGAUUCAACUUUUUUCUCUCUACUUUUAAAAUGUAUGAUCUAAUUAGUAAUGUUGUAGUUAUUAAACAUUUCUGCUUGGAUCUUUUAAUCCUUUAUAUCAAAAUAUAGCAUAGGUGCUUUAUCAAAAUGAUAUGAAAUCACCUAAACUAAAUUUUUAACAUUUCACUAAUGUAGUAGCUUUUUUCUCUGUACUUCAUAAGGAAUGGUAGUUGAUAUUAUUAGCGGCAAAGCAAAUAUUUAAGUUGUUUUUCUAACCAUUCCCAAGCAUUAUAGUUCUUAUCUCAUAGCAUGAAACAGGUUCUAUUGUUAAUUUAAAUACUGAAAGCUAUUCACACAAUCAUUGUGUUAGGUAAUCGAUUUCUUUACUUUUAAAGCGAUAUUCAAGUUGUUUUGUUGUUCACAUUAAAAUACUUUUUUAAAUGAAACUGUAACCAAUGUUUAUCUCCUGAUAGUUGAUGUGUUGAAGCUUUAAAUCAUGUUGGCUCAUUAAUAUGUUUUACCAUGAUGUGGAAAUAGUCCACCACCUUAGUUAGUGCAGAGAAGUUUCAAAAUAAAUUCAAAGAAAUAAUAAUAACCAAAUCUAGUAUGUUUGAAUAAGUAAUGCUACGUUGUGAAGUAAUGAAAAAAACUAAGGUUUAAAAAAAAUUAAGAUUAGGUACAUUUGUGAAUUUACUGAGUAUGGAAACAUAUUGAACUUUAAAUUAAUUAAUGAGAAUCCAAGUCAGAGUGGCUUCAAAAUUAGAUGUUAUUUAUGUAAUAUAUACUGUUGUUGAUUGCUGUUUUGUUAAUUGAUGUAAUCUAACAUAAUUCUCACCCAAUCAUGGUGUGGCUUUACAUCCAUUUGUUGGUGGUUUGUUGACCUGCAGUCACAGAACCACACAGCAGUUUGGUACCAAGUAGUCACAUACCUUACCAGUGGAAGGUAUGUUGCAAUUCAUUUGUUGGCAGCUCAUUAACUUGAUGAUUCACUUAUAUUUUCUCAUUGAAAUGGGACAUGCAAGUUUAUAUAUCAGCUGGGGAAUUUAUUAUUUUUUCAUUGGUUUUAUUGUCAAUUUUUUUUUCUUCUCUUCCCUUAUAUGAUCUAAAUUUGCUGGUACGAAGUCAAGAUUUUUAUUUGUAGCAAAACAAAUAGACUAAAUUGCUGUUGUUUUUUUUUAAAAGAUGGAAGCUGUAUUGAAUGAGUAUAAAUGCUAGAUAAAGUUAAGAUGCAACAAGUGCCCUUUUGUAAGCAGGUAGCUUGUAGCCAGACACCAGCAUUUCUCACCUGUUAUGUCUACUGUUAUAUACAACACAGCCUCAGCAAGUUUUUCUACCCAUUAGUUGAUGAUAUUCUCCAAUCUUGGAAGUCUGUCUACCAUUGUUAGACACAUGCUUUGUUCUCCUUUUGUUGAUCUACAAGUAAGCAGCUAUAUCUAUUAUUUAAAUUCAUGUAGUUUUUAUUUUUAUUUAAAACAAAAAGCCUUGUAUUGGACUGAUUUAAUUUAUUCAAAUUCUGAAUCACUUUUGAUGGCUGAAAUAUUUUGAUUAAGAUUGACAGCAAAUUUAUUUUUAUGCAAGGUAUUUAAUGUUGUUCAAUAUUGGACUGUGAGGUGUCUCCCUUUAUGUUUAUUUAUAAAUUCAGUGAAUGAAAUUUUUAACCAUGAAUGACUUGAUGAAUGUUUUUUGAUGAAAUGAUGUUGAAGGCCUGCUUUAUUCAUUUAUCUAGACAUAUAAGAUCCUUUUUUGUACAACCAAACAGUAACUAAGUUAUAAUCAUAUGUAAUCUCAUUUAUUUGUAAAACUGAUACACAGUUAUGUAAAGUUGUAAAAAAUAAUUUUUUGAAACUAGACUUGUGGUUAACUAUUUAGACCAGAGGUGUUUGAAGAAGGGGAUGUGGUGUGCCAGUAGCUUCCACAUCCUUCCUGAAAGUACACCUCUCAGAGACCUACCUCGUGUGUUACAGCUCAGGGAUCAGAUGCAGUCAGCUUCUUCAUUUCCCUCUUUCUUUACAGUUUUAAACUAUAUUUACAUUUUGGUUUUCAUCAACACUCUUUUGGUGUCAACUAUUUUAGUGCUCUGUGCAUGUGUUGGAUGAUAAGCACACCAGAUAACCAACUUAUAGACAUUACAUUAUCUACCUCUGACUAUUAGAUUAUAAUUUGUUUGUUUGAUGCAUGAUCUUCAAAUAGCCAUCAAGAUAUAUAUAUAUAUAUAUAUAUAUAUAUAUAUAUAUAUAUAUA